CAAACACGUGAGGGCAUGGGCGCCAAAAGGCGAAUAUGGCCUUCCGAUGGGUCCGCAACAACAGCAGACGCCGGAUUCUGGAAUUGGUGGCGAUGAGAGUUUUCACACAGAUAACCUACCUCAUAGUGGCCUGAAUCAUGGCAGAUGAAGAAGAGCUGUGUGACUCAGUUUCAGAUAUUGAUACUCUCCUGGGUGAAUAUUUCGAGCAUAUGCAGGAAGGCCCUCAGCUACCACCCGACCUGGCUAACAAGAUAGAUGUUCCAAUAACCUACGGACUGUAUACCAAAGCAUUACUGAGGCUGGAGACAAGAGGAAUCAACAUUCAGAACAAUUUGCCCCCUUUAUUAAAACUUUUUGACUCCACAAUUGAACUGCCUAACAAAAUCAGUAACCUUACUCGAAAAGUGAAAAAAUAUCUGAACAGUCAUCCGGACAGUCAAACAGAAAUUAUUUCAUCAAUAUACCCAUCUGAUGUGAAGGUUGCUGGCUUUUCUGAAGAUCAGCUACUAAACGGCUCACUGCCAAGGUGCACUCCAACUAUCGGACAUAUCCUCUCCUUGAGAUCAUUCAUACGUGUACGACAGUUAUCCUGGAAAUAUUUACACAAGUGGGUUAUCGAAAUGCUGGGACUAUCUCCAGAGGAUGUUGAUACCACUUCAUUGAUUAGCCAGUGUAAUAGGCUCUUCCUUCGCAAGAGGAAAAAGUUAUCGGCCAUUUUUUUAGAGGAGCAGUACCGUCCCCCUGUUUCUGUGCAGGUUGUUGAGCAGGCAGCUGGACAGACAUCGGAUCACAGUGACACAGAAAAUGAUGUUGUUGAACUGUAUCAAGACCUGAAACAGAAAUUAAAAGAAUUAUCUGAUACUUUAAAGAGUGCUUAUAACAAGAAUUGUGUUUUAGAGCACACAGUUUACAAACAAAACCAACGACUAUUUGAACUCACUAAAAUGGCAAAACAGCAUAAGAAACUGAAACAACAACUGAGUGAACUUCGAUCAUCUUUCUCAACCAGGAAUGUUAACAAACGAAUUGCAACCAGAGACAAACAUAUUGAAAAACUGUCUGCCAUUAAUGUUGAACUGAAUCGUGAAAAUAUGAAUUUGAAGGAAAGCCUGAACACAGCAGAGAGAAAAAAACUGAAUGCACAAAAGCAAGCUUCUCAUUACUACAACAGAUGUAUCAAACUUAAAGAAGAUGGAUUACGACCAGAUGCACUCUCUUUGGCUAAGAUUGAAGAGUUAGAAACAGAAAAUGAAACAUUGAAAGAGCAAAUUGAAGAUCUUGUAGACAAAACGACACAACUGGAAACAUUUUCUGGGAAUAGAUAUGAUGACAACAUUCGCCAAUGCUACAUAGAUUUAUUGUCCAUGGGUGUCAGUGUUGGAAGAUGCGAGUCUGUUGUUCGAUCAGUCCUUGGCAAUUUGACAAAUACAACAGUCGGAAGACUUCCUAGCAGAAGCACAGCAUCACUUUUACAAGUUGAAGCACAGAUAUUAUCAGAACAGCAAGCUCUGGAUGUUAUCCUUUCACAUGAGGACAGUACACUGCAUACAGACAACACUAAAAAGAAGGGACGAGAAUAUGCAGGCGUCCAAGUCUCUGUUCAGUCAGAAAAUCCUGUUUUUCUUGAUAUCGUGGAAAUGGUGAGUGGCAACACGGAAUCCGUUCUUGAUGCUCUGAAACUGACUGUCCCAUCUAGCUGAAAAUGUAGCUUCAACAACAGAGGAGAAAUCACUACUGGAGGCAAAACUACUUUUUGCACUGAAUAAUAUAAUGACUGAUCGGCAUAUUGUAAACAAAAAAAUCGUAAAAUCACUUGAAGAUUGGCGAUCCCAAAUGCUGCCUGAAAUUAUUUCAUCUGCUGAUAUAACAGAAGAAGAAAAGACCGACCUUGUCAACAUGAACAGUUUGUUCUGCGGUCUCCAUGUAAUUGUUAACAUGGCCACGGAAGCAAAGAAAGCGCUCAAACUAUACCAAGAUAGAAACAUUCCACGAGAGGACCUUGGGCCAGGGUUCAAUACAAACAAUUCUUGGUCAUAUGAUUUGAUAUAUCAAGUGUGCAAGGCUUUGACAACUGGACCUGAGAGGCAAUCUGACCAAAAGUCUGGAUAUGGGGAGGAGUUUGCUGUUCACAUGGAAGGCUUGAAAAAGGUUGUUAAGUUAGUUCCCUUUCUAGGUAACCGCUUCAAUAUUCUUUUUCAUGAUGCUGCUGCCACAUAUUUUCACAGGCAAGAUAUUGUAGAGUUUUUGAGAGGGGGUUACAUAUCAGACUCGAAUGAUAAACUGAACUUUCUUUCAAAAUGCAUCCUCGAACAAAUUCAAGUAGACCACAACCUUGCUGGAUGCAGAGCUCUGGGCAUUAUAGACAAAAUGAUUACUGGCCCUUUGUGGCGAAAGUUAAAUGAGGAAGGAAUGCACAUUCUGGACACCAAUCAAAUCUGGAAAGAGGUAACCAACUUCCUGGAUGAGUGCUCCAAUGAUUCCACGCCUAUGAUGAAUGGGAAAACAGUUUUCAGCGAAGAAUUACUUCAGAAAGAUGACGUUUACAAUAGUUUAUUUGAACCUGGAACACCACUUCUACAGAAACAUACUAAAUCUGUCCUAGAACUCACAUGUGCUAAUUUGGCUUCUCUGUGUAAACGGCAGCUUG